GCCGUGGUGUUCGGAGCGAAAGCCAUGCGCUAACGAGAUAUUCUAUCCCAGCCUUCUCGAUACCUUCAGCACCUCGUCAGUCACAACACAACUUUGCAGAUCACACCAUUCCUGCGGUAGCGCAAUGAGUGACCUUUUCAACUUGCAUGAAGAGCUCGUGCAUUUGCAGGAGAAUAAUGUACAAAUAGACAAUGAACUGGAUAUAACUAAUUUAUCGCCUGACUCUGUCAGUGAAAAGCUUGAUGAAUUGGUCGAGGCUUUGCAAGGUGACCCCACGCAUAUCAUUGUACCAGAAACCUUUGACACUACUCGCAGCUUUAUUCGACACUUCGACGCGCUAAGUCUGGAGACCACCCAUAAGUUCGUCGAUUUGCUGCUAUCCGUGUUUGCGGAUCAGAUGAGAAGCGUUGAAACUGACAUUGAAGAGAAUGCUCAACAUAACUUCGAACAAGACAAAAGUACUCUGCUGAUGUACACAUUUUGCUGGCAUUGGCUUCUGGAAAUGGCUGAAAAUCGUUGGAAGAGCAUCAAGAAGCAGAAUGAUAAGGCAGCAACUCUUACUGGAAAGCCGAAGGGGAGAACCGCCAAGGGCAAGCGCGAAGAUGCAGGUGGUUGGGAUUGGGGGUCCCAAAAGCUGCAUGCUUUGCAGAACGCUAUGAAGCUCCUCGAUCUGGAUCUCAACAGGAUCAUCAUUGCAUUGUCCGAUAGGGAAAGCCUUAUUAACAUGAUCAACAAGUCCGUAUCCCUGAUUUUGGAAGAUCCCGAGGCAGUUAAAGAGGAUGCGAUGAAGUCCUGCUGUAUUGACAUCUUAGCCCUUUGCGUCACGCGAUACGAUCGAGGAAUGGGUCAAGGUCUUCAAACGAGAGUCGUCGAUCAGUAUCUCCGUGAGGAGCAUUUAGCAGAUUUUGUCGCCGAUUGGAUGCACACCUUGGUCGUCAAAUACUCAGAUACGACUUUGAUAGAGAGCGUUUUACGACGAUGUAUGAACAAAGAGUUCAGCGACAAAGACUUGAAAGUUGCAAAGGCCUUUUCAAAAUUCCUUGUCCGCCUCUCUGAACUUGCACCCAAGGAGGUGCUGAAACAGAUGGUGCAUCUGCAAGUGCAUUUUGACUCAGAGUCGUAUACUAUUCGUCUUGGGAUGAUAGAGGUGAUCGGGAACCUGAUCCACAAUCUGUUAGCCCUGGAUAGUUCUGAGAGUGCGGCGAAAUCCCUACAUGCAUAUUACGAGAUUCUUCAAGAGCGCUUUCGCGAUGUAAACGCAUACGUGAGGGUGAAAGUGCUGCAAGUCUUGAUAAAACUUACAGAGCGCCGAGAAGAUUCUGGUCUUACCGAUAUUCCCCUUGCGACGCGGCCACUUUUGAUAAAUCUGACAGCCGGAAGACUGCAAGAUAAAGCGAGCAAUGUCCGCAAAAAUGCCAUCAAAUUGCUGACUAAAUUCAUCUCAACAUCGCCAUUCUUUGUCAUCGCACAAGAUGAAGGAAGGCUCUCACUCAAGUGGUUUGAGGAAAAGAAACACAAUUUGGAAGAGGUUAUCAAGCUGAAAUUUCCUAAAGAAGAGCUUCCUGGUGUUGCGGACGACGAAGAAAAGCCGGAAGAUGGCGAUGAGAAAACUGGUAGUUCUGAAGAUGGUGUACCUGAUGAGGAAGAUGUAGACAGAAGCCAAAAGGAAGACGUGCCAGGAGAUGGUGCAAAUGAUGAACCAUCUGUCGAAGAAACCGCAUCAUCAACUCUCAUCCCCGGCGAGCAGGAACUACGCAAUCUGCGAGGGUUGUUGAAGUAUUAUCGGGAUGGCAUUCGGUUCAUUCGGCAGAUUGAAGCGGUGGUUCCCACUAUGUGCGAGCUGUUGGCUUCCAACACAAAAGGAGAAGUCAUCGAGGCGAUGAACUUUUUUGUAACUGCACACAGAUACGAGAUGGAAUGCGCAACGAUGGGUGUAAGAAAGAUGGUGCAUAAAGUGUGGGAUAAAGACACGGGUGAAUCGGAACGACUCAGCGUUAGAGACCACUUGAUCAAGAGCUACUUCGCUCUGUAUUUUGAGCCUCCACCAUCCAGAAGAGACCCUGCCGAGGCUAUCGCCGACAAUCUCAUAACGUUGACGCAUACCAUGACUUUGGCGGAGUUGACAUCUUUGGAACAGUUGCUCAGUCUCAUGGUUGCAAGCAAUAUGGUUGACGAAUCUGUGUUGCCGGUAUUGUGGGGCGUCUUCGCUUCAAAGAAGCAGGCAGCCCAGAGACGCCGAGGAGCUAUUAUCAUUCUAGGUAUGUUAGGCAAGGCGAAAAAAGAGGUUAUUGCAGAAAAUCUUGAGAUACUGCUCCGAGUGGGACUUGGCGAGUUUGCCAAGAGAGAUCUCCUUUUGGCCCGUUAUUCUUGUGUUGCAUUGCAACAGCUUGGAACCGUGAGGCGUCAGAAAGGUUCAUUGUCUCCUGGUUAUACACGCCUACCUGCCAACCAUCCUAUUUUCAUGAGGCUACGAGAUUUGAUGAUUGAACCAGCCGGGUCGUUGGAAUGGUUCGGAUUUGCUGAGCAAGCAAUCAAUGCGAUCUACCUGCUGAGUGAGCACCCAGACAUCACUUGCGGCGACGUUGUAAAAAACAUUGCGAGUAGUGUGCUGAACUUACCGAAGUCAGUCGAUUCUGAUGUGGACCAGGUGGCUGCCCAGCUCUCUGAGACACUUCAUAUUGAUGACAAAGGAGAAGACGCGGCUAUGGAGUCGCAGAAGGAUGAUGCACUCAUCGAUUCGUGCGAUCCUCUGGAUCUAAGCAAGCUGUGCUUCGUCGUAGGCCAUGUGGCCAUCAAGCAAAUUGUGCAUCUCGAGGCGGUUGAGGCCGAAUGGAAGCGGAGGAAGCACGCUGAGGAGGCAAUCAAAACUCCUCGUAAGCAGGGUGGCGAUGAACUGGAUCAAGUGACCGGUACAGCAGAGGACGAGUUCACCGAAGCUAUUGCGCAUAUUCGAGAGCGGGAGCUUCUGUUCGGGGAUCGCUCGUUGUUAGGCUCCUUUGGACCGCUCAUUGCUUACAUUUGCCUUCAUAACGCAGCGUUCAAUCAUCCCAUUCUGCAAAUUAUGGCCGUUCUUGCUCUGUGCAAAUUCAUGUGUGUCAGCUCGGACUUCUGCGACGCGCAUCUGCAAUUGCUAUUCACAAUUCUCGAGAAAGCGGAGGACCCUAUCAUCCGUAGCAACACUGUGAUUGGUUUGGGGGAUAUGACCGUAUGCUUCAAUUCGCUGAUCGAUCAAAACAUUUCGUACCUUUACAACCGUCUCAACGAUAAAGAUCUGAACGUCAAGAAGAACACAUUAAUGGUUCUCACUUUCUUGAUCUUGAACGGAAUGGUAAAAGUUAAAGGACAAAUCUCCGAAAUGGCAAAAUGCCUACAGGACGAAGAUCAGAGGAUCAGCGAUCUGGCCAAACUGUUCUUUACCGAGCUUUCCACCAAAGAUAACGCCGUGUACAACAAUCUGCCGGACAUCAUCAGUAAUUUAUCUCAUCCUGAGACCGGUGUUGCUGAAGACACCUUCAAGGAUAUCAUGAAAUUCCUAUUGGACUUCAUUAAGAAGGACAAACAAACAGAGAACAUUGUCGAAAAGCUCUGCCUACGAUUUCGCAAUGCCGAUGGCCCUCGUCAAUGGCGGGAUAUAUCUUUCUGUCUCUCAUUGUUGUCGUUUGCUUCGGAUAAGAGCGUCAAAAAACUGGUGGAGCACCUGCCCCAUUUUCAAGACAAAUUGCAUGAACCUGUCUUGUACAAGCACUUCCAAGAUAUACUUGGCAAGGCCAAGAAGGUUGCCAAGCCCGAGACGAAGACUCUAAUCGAGGACUUUGAAGUCAAACUUCAAGAGCUUCAUGAAAAGUGCGUCGAGAAUGAGCAGGCCGUGUCAGCUGCCAGCCAGGAGCAACAAAAGGCGAACAAAGGAGGAAAGGUGAAACGGGAACCAGACAUGGAUGGAGUAUCAGAUGCGCUUGAUGCAUUAUCAUUGGAAGCCAAUGCCCCAAAUCGAAAGCGACGGCAAAAUAACGCGGCGAUUGACGACGACGUCGAUAUCAAUGACCUUUUUGAUGCUUAAAAUUUUGCUUCCAAUCAGGAAAGUCAUAAUAUUGUAUAUAAUCAAUAUAUCUUAUAUGUGUUCAUGUAAAUCAAGAGCCG